CUUGGAAUCGAUAACUGUCAAACUAUCGAUUUCCAAAAUCGUUUUUCCCCCAGCUCUAAUUGUAACUCGGACAACAACAAAGAUAUACACAUACAUUCCAGACCAAAAUCCGUGCAGAUGCGCCAUCAUCGAACCAGACUCUGAGAAUCAGCAUUAUCGAACCAGAACCGAUCUGAGGAAUUAGGGUGCGCCGGCGGAAGAGCGGAAGCGGUGAAAGGAAGACAAGUGGCACGACCAGCAGUUGGCACUUUUCACACACGCACUCCACCACCAACACCACCACCACCGUCAACCACAACUCAGUGUCCAGUUGCCACCAUGCUGUCGAGGCUGCAGGACUUCUUGUCACGCCACCGGCGGAAGUUCAUCGUGACCGGCGUGCUGGUGGGUGGUACCAUCAUUGCGGCAAAGUACGCCCAGCGGCGCCUGGUGGAGUUCCAGGAGAAGCAAGCGCGCGAGUUCUUUGAGCGGACGAGACGGAUGCAUCAUUUUGAGUCGACGGAGAAGACCUGCAACCAGGUGAUACUCGGAAUGGGCGAGGAGAUGUGCCAGGCGGUGCUGAGGGAGUGCAGCACGGACGAGCUGCUCGAGCAGCUGCGCCAGAACCCGAAGAACAAACUGGAGCUGUGGGAGGACAUGAAGAUUGUGGCGUUCACCCGGCUGGCCACCUACGUGUAUGCCUCCUCCAUGCUUGUCAUCGCUUUGCGUGUGCAGCUGAACCUGCUGGGAGGUUACAUCUAUCGGGAUAUUAUGACAGAGCAGAAGCAGAUCACGGAUGAACUGAAGCAGCAGUAUCUCUCGCUCAUCCGACACUUUAUUACGGAGUCGGGCAUCCGGGAUCUGGCGCGAUACAUACGCAGCCAGGUGAUUGCCGUCAUCAAGUCAAUGCCGCUGUCGGAGAAGCUCUCUCUCAACGACAUGGAGCAGCUCUUCUGGUCGCUCCAGAUGGCCAUCAACGCGGAUUCGCGACGGGAUCCAAACUCGCGGAUGAGCAAGUACCUGCUGCCCAGCCAAAACCCCAGCCAUUCGCCGCUACUGCAGCAGAUGUACAACGAGACGCUGGACCUGCUAGAGAGCGAGGAUGCCAUUGGCGUUUGCUCGCACAACGUGAGUCGGGGCUUUGUGCUUGCCUGCGACGCCAUCGCCGAAGCCAUGGGCCAAACGCUUCAGCACUUGCCCCCGGGCGAAGUGACCAAGCAGCAGGAGAGCCAACAGCCGCUGAAGUUUAAUCAACCAGCAAGCAGCAGUAGCACCCAGAACCUGGACAAUGCCACAUCGACAUCGACGACAACAGUGGCGGCGUCGGAGAACAAUAACUUGCUAAACAUCAACCUGGUACUAAUGGCGCUGGCCAAACUCAUUCCGAUCAUUAGCGGGAUCACCUCUCGGGGCUUCGACACCACGGCCCGACCCCAUAACCUACCCACCCAGCUGCUCACCUUCUACGUUGUCGCGGAGAAGACAAAGACGCUGGGGGCCAAUGUCUACGAGACCUUUAGCUCCGCUUAGGAGUAAGCGCUCUGAUUAUUAUGCUCUAUGAAUUAUACAUAGACUAGGACUAGGCUAAGACAAUUGGAACAUUAUAGUUAUUGUGUACAUGUAUAUUUUUAAUAUGAACCCCAAUCCUCUGAA